GAUGAAGAAAAAAGAGGGGUGCGCAAUGCGCGCCCUGGAAGUGGAUUAAAAAGCAAGGGGAGCGAGGAGGGCGUUUCCAGUUUUCCCGCUUAUUUUGAGUAUUGUCAAAUCUUUGGACAUUUCGAAACUCCUCCGUCGUCUGCAUCGUCUCAAUUCCCAAUAGGCUAAUUUCUCAGAGGCAGGGUAUGCAUAUCUGAAACGGGAACGGGGAAGGAGCUCAUCCAUCAUUGCUGCCUUAUAGGUCUUGAUGGAGUCGCUGUCCUUCUGAAUGAAUAUAUAUAUAUAUAUAUAUAUAGCUGCGAUCCUUGCUUGCUGAUAUUUUAUGUUCCGAGCAAAAUUCCAACGAUGCAAGUUGCCGCACAGCAAUUCCGAGAUGGUCAAACAAGCCAGUGUUGGAGUUUUGGUAGUACUAAUCAUCCAUCUAGUCAGACUAGAAAGAUCUCUGUUGGAGUUAUGGCGGAUUUGGUCUCAAAGAAAAAAUCUGAAGCUACAAAGGAAGAUGAGAUUGCAAUGCUAGAUUCUGAAAGGAUGAAGUCUGAUGUAGGAAACUCCACGGAGGGGAAAAGAAAGAAUGGAGAAGUGGCAGCUACCAAAAAAACGCAACGCACUGAAGCUCCAGAGCAGGUGAACUCUCCAUGGAUUACUACUACUGGCACCUUUCACCCAAAAGCACCCACUUCAGAGACUGUUCUUUUUGCGGAACAGACUUCUAAUUUACCAGCCAGUGGGAGGCAGUACCAGGUUGAUGGAGCAAAGAAUACACCAUUCGCAUGUUCAGUUCAGUUUUUUGCAAACAAUGCCUCUGUAUUACGUUCGGAUGAUAUCAACCGUAAUAAGUUUGAUGGUGUCACCUAUGAAAGGAGGGGAAGGAAGGAUGGAUUGGCCGAGAACUUGCAGGAAUUUCAGUUUGCGGCUGUGCAGGAUGUCUUGGUGAUGGAUAAAGAUCGUAUAAAGGAUGCAGCAAACACAGUAGAAAACAGGAGAACUGAAAGUCUAAAAAUGAAGCUCCAGGAGAUAUUACAAACUGUUUCAUCGCCUAAUGAUCAUCACUCCAAGUCUUCAGCUCAUGAAUUAGGUGCCAGUAGUUUCAAUCCAGAGCAGAAAUUUGAUCAGAUGGGUGGUGCAAUUGGCAAGCCUAGACCAAAUUCUAAUAAGUCGGAGCUGAAAUUUGAUCAGAUGGGUGAUACAGUAGUAAAGCCUGCGCAGAAUUCAGAUACAAUAGAAACUGAUUCUGAAGGUACUGAUCAUAGGAUCAGGAGACCUGUGACUCGUUCUUUGACCCAAAAGAGGGCACCAACCAAGCAGCAGCAGAACACUACAAAAAGUGGCCGAUCACCUGGUUACAAACGGGGAAAUCAGGAGAAGAACAUCUUCACUUUUGAAGAAGGAUGGUCUGGAAGAUUAGCUGCUGCUGUCUCUGGUGGUUCCUCAAUGCCUGCGAAAAAGAUGAGUGGGAAAAAGAGUUUCAGACCACGUAAAAUCUGCUUUGCUGAUAGAGAUGCAAUAAAUAAGAUUCAUGAAGCCACUUAUAGGAUUGAAACACAACUACCUGCUCAAGAAACAUAUUCACUUGGUGAGAGGAUUAAAGAUUUUAAAGGUUCCCUGCCUGAGAAUGAAAGAAAGUAUGUACCAGAGAAAAAUAUCCUGGAACACGAUUCCCACCGGUCACCACAGACAAACAAGAUAGACCAGCGUGGGGAUUUUGACACUCCAGAUAACAGGGAUCAGCAGGAAGGCAUUGGUACUCCAUCUCUGAAGAAUGUCGUAAACCCACAAGAUGAGUUCCAGAGUCCAACAUUAGGAAUUAAGACACCUCUCUCAAGUUCUUCACCUAGCUUUAGACCGAAAACGGACCAUAUGGUUCAUUGUCAUGGCAAUCCUGCAUUAGCAAAGAGGGUUUUCACAGUGGGAGAAUUACGUAGUGUCAAAAGUCUGAUGACUUCAAAAUUGGAUUAUAGCAGUGCACAUGCAGAAUCUUCUGAUGGUGCAGAAGAGCUCAAGAAUUCCCCAGUCAGAAAGGCAACAUUUGAAAUGGAAGAGAAAAACACUGAAGAUGGGCUGUCUGAAUCCUCAUCUGAGGGUAGGAGUUUACCAAGUCCUUUAGAAGGUUCACCCUCUAUUGAAGGAAAUAAUUGUUUCAAAGAUAGAGAGACACCAUUCCCAGAAACCAGUACUGCUGAAGAACUGAAGUUCAUGUUCCGUCCAACUAAAAGGCUAUGCAGCGAUGAAAAUAUUACAUUGAACUAUAUUAGGAUUGGAGAAAGCAGUGAGAGACAGGAACCUUCAGAGUGCAACCAACUUGAUGGACUGGAUAGGGCCGUUGAACUGUUCAUGCGGCAAAUCGAAAAGCUUAACAGCAAAAUGAAGUUGGUAACCAGUAAGAAAACCUCUGAAAUUCUGAUGUCUGCUGCUGAAAACAUACAUCUGCAGCUGCAAAAUGUUGAGUCCCAAAUUCAGAUAGAUGUGGGGAAGCUGACAAGCCUCAGUAAAUUAAAACGAAAAUGGUUGGAAGCAAGGUUUCAAGAGCAACAAGAACAAUUAAAAUUGAUUUAUGAAAAGUUCAAGGAAGAGGUUGAUCAACAUUUGCAGGAUUGCAGAAGCACAUUUGAAGGGCUAGAAGCAGACCAAUUAGAGUUUAAGGGAAAUAUGGAGAAGCAAAAAGCAUUACAGCGGAAGCUUCUCUUGCAAGUGGAAGAAGGAAUUGAGACGUUAGUAAGUGAUGCCCAAAGGAGAAUCAGACAAGUCCGAGAGGCAAGUUUUCCGCUUAUAUUUGUAUUGAAGUUGAUGCGGGGGAAGAUGACUCAGUUGAAACAAGUAAUAGCUUUGUGUUUGAAGGAAGGUGUCCUAGGUUGACAUGAUUUGUACAGCAACUGGGAAGAGGGCAAUUUUGCUUUCAGUUAGACUCAGACUCAGGUCUGGACAUUACCCUUUGCAUUUUAUAAGUAACAAAAACUGCCUCAUUAUCCUUGUAUCUAAGAGAAUUGUUUUCAUCGCACUUGUUUCUGAACUAUACUGUUAGUGGUAUAGAAAUGCGGAUUCUCUCUGAAUGCCCUGCUACUUUGGUCUCAUUUUGUUCUUCAGUGUAACCGUACAAUUUCUCUUCGAUAAUAACACAUACGAAUAAUGUUGAUAAG